GAGCGCGAGGCCGCAGCCGGGCCGGGCUGGGCACGUCGUCUUUGUCCCGGAGCCUCCUGCAAGUCCGCGGCGGGACGCGCGCGCCCCGACGUCGCCGGCAUGAGCAGCGGGCGUGGCGCGGGGGGCGCGCUGCUGGCCCUGGCCGCGGGGCUGCUGGCCGCGAGCUUGGCCAGCGAGUACGACUACGUGAGCUUCCAGUCGGACAUCGGCGCGUACCAGAGCGGGCGCUUCUACACCAAGCCGCCGCAGUGCGUGGACAUCCCGGCGGACCUGCGGCUGUGCCACAACGUGGGCUACAAGAGGAUGGUGCUGCCCAACCUGCUGGAGCACGAGACCAUGGCCGAAGUGAAGCAGCAGGCCAGCAGCUGGGUGCCCCUGCUCAACAAGAACUGCCACAUGGGCACGCAGGUCUUCCUGUGCGCGCUCUUCGCGCCCGUGUGCCUCGACCGGCCCAUCUACCCAUGCCGCUGGCUCUGCGAGGCCGUGCGCGACUCCUGCGAGCCCGUCAUGCAGUUCUUCGGCUUCUACUGGCCCGAGAUGCUCAAGUGCGACAAGUUCCCCGAGGGAGACGUCUGCAUCGCCAUGAGCCCGCCCAAUGCCACCGAAGCCUCGAAACCCCAAGGAACAACUGUGUGUCCUCCGUGUGACAACGAAUUGAAAUCUGAGGCCAUUAUUGAACAUCUCUGUGCAAGCGAGUUUGCCCUGAGGAUGAAAAUAAAAGAAGUGAAAAAAGAAAAUGGUGACAAGAAGAUUGUCCCUAAGAAGAAGAAGCCCCUGAAGUUGGGACCCAUCAAAAAGAAGGACCUGAAGAGGUUGGUGCUAUUCCUGAAGAACGGGGCCGACUGCCCAUGCCACCAGCUGGAUAACCUGAGUCCCCACUUCCUCAUCAUGGGCCGGAAGGUGAAGGGCCAGUAUCUGCUCACAGCUAUUCACAAGUGGGACAAGAAGAACAAAGAGUUCAAAAACUUCAUGAAGAAGAUGAAGAACCAUGAGUGCCCCACUUUUCAGUCAGUUUUUAAGUGAUUCCCAGGAGUGGGCGGGUAGGGAGCAGUGUGGGUGGGGCGAGGGGGGUAGCCCGUGGUCACACACACUGCUCCUGCUGGUGCAGUGGGUGUGGGCACUGUAAUCAGCUGGUUUUGUUCUCACAGCUUUCCCACCCCAGCCCCUUCCUCCCAUCUCACCCCCACCCCCACCCCAGUAUAGUCAGGUCAGGUAAGGAAGGCCACUUGAUUUAGGAAGGUUUUGGACAGCGGCAGCAGGGCAUGGCGGGCACAGUGCAAAGAGGGGCAGAGCCAUUGCCCCCAGAGAUGCAGUCACUAAAAGACAAAGUUUCUGGAGAAGUCCCAUUCUCAGAAAAGAGGGCUUGGGCAUCACAAACUAAGUUCCACAUCAUCUCAGUGUUGCUGCAAAUUGCUUGUGGAUCUGUUGGCUCACUUGUGCCUUUGGAACUAGCACGUUCUAACUAUUGGUGAAUCCUGUCACUUUCAGUUUCAGAGUAAUUUCUCUUUCUGUCUGUGUUAGAUAGGAACAGACGCACCCAUGCUUAUUUAGAUCAGUUCAGAAAGUAACAGGUGCAGGGAUUUGGAGCGCACACGCAGCAGGAGGUCACUGCCUGCUGAGCCCUCAGGCCCCAUGCGUGGGUCAUGGUGGCUCCUGUCAGCCCUGUGUGUGACCUCCCUGCAGAUACUUAAAGGGCUGCAAAGAAGGAGGAACACAGAGGGCAGGAGGGACAGGAGCACUUUCAGGAUGAGGAAGCAAUGGUUAGUAGUUUUCCAAAGACAGUUAGAAAACAAAAAAGAAUCUUAAAAAAUUAGAACAGUGGAGCAAAUUAUUAGCUGGGAUGAAUUGUGAAAUUGGGUGAAGAGCUUUGUAUUCUAAUUGCAUUUGUUUAUUCAUUUCACAUUUUUAAAAGAACAACAGCAAGAUGAAAACCCACUUACUUCCCACGGUUUAAAAAAAGUCUGCUUUGAAUAUUUGAAGGGCAAACCAAAACCAAGGUCUCUUGAUCCACUUCUGGCUGCUCCUGUGGGGGACAGCCCUCCUGCCACCCUGGGCAUUUUUAGAGGAGGUGGAUUCAUCCAGCAGCACAGCACAGCUUGGACCUUCCUUUCUGAGGAGUGCUCAGGCGCCCUGGAGCUGGUAGCACUAGGACAAUUUCGCAGCGCUUCCCGUCUGUGGUUCCCUCUGAAGAAGCCAAUUCCUUUUAGCUUGGUUGCCCACAGAUUAGAGACUCAGAGUAUCCUGCCUGCCUGACCCCCUCCACUUUUUAGUUUUCCAUGUCUGCAGUGGGAAAAUGGACACAGGGGUCCUAUCCAAGAAGAGAGUUUGAAGGUAACUGUAUCUGUGGCUUUCCCAACUGCCUGCAGAUAUUCUGCAAAGCCAUUAUGCUUAAGAAGUAAUGUAAAUAAACAAGUUCUCUUAGACAACUUUGCUCCUUUUGUCCAAUAUAGAGGAAGUGUUCUAAAGAAUUAAUGUUAAUGUCUUCCAUCAAAGCCUGAUUUUUUAUUUUCUACCACAUCUCAAGGGCCUUAGCAAUUGUUCUCCUGGGGGAGUGUUGAGACCUCAUUCGGGUGUGGCAGUGAGGCUGUUAGGUAUCCCCCUGUGGCCCUGGACUUACACAGAAGUAAGGGAAGAUUCUGUUAACUUGAGAUAUUUGUCUGGAAAUCACACCGAUUUAGUUACCUAUCUGAGAGCUAUCCUGAUGUAAUUGACUGCUCACAGUUAGCAAUUCCAUCAUUUUAACACCUUUUUAGUCCUCUCAGACAUUUAAUUAUAAAGUAUUGGGGAUCCUCUAUGGCUUACCUGUUAUUUUAGAUGAUUUUAAAUGUGUAUAUGUAUUUAGUAAUUAGAUGUAUUCUACUUCCCUGCUGUCCAGCUGAGAUGCAGUCUCAUGACUUCAUAGGGUUGGGCCUUAGCUUUGGUCAGUUAAGUCAAGAGUUCAGUGCUGAUGCAUAUCGGCUAAUCUUAAGAAAAUGCAUUCUGCAGCAGGGCCCUCGUCUAUACAGCAGGGACCAGAAGAGAGGGUGUAGAGUAGCAGUUGUCACAGAAGGAGCGUGGGAACGGCUGGCCGUGCUGUGCAGCUCUUUGAGUGGGAAUCCUCAGCAGGAAGCAGCAGUUUCAGCAAGGGCCCCACGACUUUGGAAAUGAGAGUUACAGCUGCAGGUUUCAUCCCAGCCUCAGGGUCAUUGGCUAUUAAGUUUCACUGUGUCCUUCAGUGAUAACUUUAGACACCAGCUCUGUCCCUACCACAUCAGAAAUUUCAGGAUGAAAAGAGCCCAAAGCCACAUUAUCACCAACUUUUGUUGUUCUUAACAAAGGAUAUAACAAAACCAAUGUGCAGACUCAUUGGCUUAGUCUUUAGUUUCCAAGAGGAGAUCCAUACGUGAUGUGAUAAUUUUUGAUAGUGCAAAUGUUGGAUUUGCAAAGCUUUAAAAUAAUCAUUCUGGAAAGAGUUCUAUAUGAGGCCACUGGCAGAACUCCACCAAAUCUUUGAAGAAUAUUAGUAGUUAUCUUAGAAGAUAGAGUAGGAGGUGAAAAUUCCAAGAACACUUUAUUUUUAAACUAUCCCGUGUAACACUUGGCUCUUGGUAUUGGUGGAUUAGCACCAAGUUCUCCCCAGGGCAGAAGCCAGUCAGAGCCCCAGUUUCCAUUUGGAUCUAUAAAUUACACAGAUUCCAUUCCCCAAGCCUAGGAUCUGUUUAUCCCAUCAGACUCUACGACUGGCUGCCGUGCUAUGGCUCGGUAGAUGUGUUGAGCGCAGAUGGUCUGCUUGGGAAGCAUACCUUAGGAAACGUCCCUGGAAUGACAGCCCGGCUGCCCUGACCUGUCACCAGCAGAUACACAGGACAUGGGUGAAAUUCCCAUUUCCUCUCGUUCCUUCAUAUAGUAACUCACUCUUGUUUUAGAGUUUCAGUCUUGUACAAAAGCUUUGAAUACUGUGAAAAUGUUUUACAUUCCAUUUCAUUUGUGUUGUUUUUUUAACUGCAUUUUACCAGAUGUUUUGAUGUUAUCACUUAUGUUAAUAGUAAUUCCCAUAUGUGUUCAUUUUAUUUCCAUGCUUUUCCUGCCAUGUAUUCACUUGACUAAAAUCACUCAAUUGAUCAA